CCCCCUCGGCGGCCGCCGUCUCUCCCCGCGCCGCGGGGCUGUAAUUGAAGUACAAGAUGGCAAGAACCAGCCACAGCAACUAUGUCCUUCAGCAGCUAAACAACCAAAGAGAGUGGGGCUUUCUGUGCGACUGCUGUAUUGCUAUCGAUGAUAUUUAUUUUCAAGCACAUAAAGCAGUUCUUGCUGCGUGCAGCUCCUAUUUUAGGAUGUUUUUUAUGAACCAUCAACACACUACAGCCCAGCUGAAUCUAAGCAACAUGAAGAUUAGCGCUGAAUGCUUUGAUCUUAUUUUACAGUUCAUGUAUUUAGGAAAAAUUAUGACAGCCCCUGCCAAUUUUGAGCAAUUUAAAGUGGCCAUGAACUAUUUACAGCUAUAUAAUGUACCUGAAUGUCUAGAAGAUAUACAGGAUACAGACUCAUCUAGUUUAAAAUGUUCCUCUUCUGCUUCUAGCACCCAGAAUAGCAAAAUGAUAUUUGGCGUGAGAAUGUAUGAAGACACGCUUGCUAGAAAUGGCAGCGAAGCAAACAGGUGGGGCAUGGAGCCGCCAAGUUCAACAGUAAAUACAUCCCAUAACAAAGAGCCUGAUGAAGAAGCUUUGCAGCUAAGCAGCUUCCCCGAACAACUGUUUGAUGUCUGCAAAAAAAGCACCACGUCCAAAUUCUCUCACACAAAAGAGCGUGUGUCCCACUCACGCCGUUUUGGAAGAAGCUUCACCUGCGACAGCUGCGGGUUUAGUUUUAGCUGUGAAAAGCUACUGGAUGAGCACGUGUUAACGUGCACUAACAGGCAUUCUUACCAAAGUGCCAGGUAUUACAGUGCUGAAAAAAUAGACUUUAACGAAAAGGACUCUACUUCUAAAAUGACCUCCACGCAAACGGAAAAAUACAAGGGCGACUCGAGCCAAGCUGCGGAUGAUUCUUCGUCUCCCGUGUCAAACAUCACAAGCAGAAAAAGCAGCACGGUUGCCUCUGAGACAUCAGGCGAAGAAGGAAGUAGAGCCUCUGAGAGGAAGAGGAUUAUCAUCAAGAUGGAACCAGAGGACAAUCCUGCAGAUGAGCUGAAGGAUUUUAACAUUAUUAAGGUGACAGAUAAAGACUGCAAUGAGUCUUCCGACAACGACGACCUAGAUGAUGAACAGGAAGAGCCGCUUUACAGGUACUAUGUUGAGGAAGAGAUCAGAGAGAAGAGAAAUGCUCGGAAGACUUUAAAACCCCGUUUAUCCAUGGAUGAGGAUGAAAGAAAGUGUUUGAAAAGUCCACGGCACCUUAACAGGAAGGCUCCUUCAGCGCAGGAAGAUGUGGAGAAUGCUCCCUGUGAACUUUGUGGGCUAACAAUCACUGAGGAAGAUUUGUCCUCUCAUUAUUUAUCCAAACACAUAGAAAAUAUAUGUGCUUGUGGCAAGUGUGGUCAAAUACUGGUCAAAGGCAAGCAGUUACAGGACCAUGCGCAGACCUGUGGAGAACCCCAGGAUCUGACUAUGAACGGUAUCAGAAAUUCUGAGGAGAAAAUGGACUUAGAAGAAAACCCCGAGGAGCAGUCAGAAAUAAGGGACAUGAUGUUUGCAGAGAUGCUAGAGGACUUCAGGGACAGUCAUUUCCAGAUGAACAGCCUUCAAAAAAAACAGUUAUACAAGCAUUCUGCCUGUCCCUUCCGAUGCCCUAAUUGUGGUCAGCGUUUUGAAACUGAAAACCUAGUGGUUGAACAUAUGUCAAACUGCCUGGAGCAAGAUCUGUUCAAGAACUCCAUGAUGGAAGAGAACGAGAGGGAUCACAGACGUAAGCAUUUCUGCAAUCUUUGUGGGAAAGGAUUUUAUCAGCGUUGCCACUUGCGGGAACACUAUACCGUUCAUACCAAGGAAAAGCAGUUUGUUUGUCAGACAUGUGGGAAGCAGUUCUUAAGAGAGCGCCAGUUGCGGCUCCACAAUGAUAUGCACAAAGGCAUGGCCAGGUAUGUCUGUUCCAUUUGUGAUCAAGGAAACUUCCGAAAACAUGACCAUGUACGGCAUAUGAUAUCUCACUUAUCAGCUGGAGAGACUAUAUGCCAGGUCUGCUUUCAGAUAUUCCCAAAUAAUGAGCAACUGGAGCAGCACAUGGAUGUUCAUCUGUAUACAUGUGGAGUAUGUGGAGCAAAAUUUAAUUUGAGGAAAGAUAUGAGAUCUCACUAUAAUGCCAAGCAUUUGAAAAGAACAUAAGCGUAAACAUACUGUUAAAGCGUUAAGUUGGCAGCAGAGAGAACACCAAAGCAAGGCAUACAGUAUAGUAGACAAAAAUUGAAAAAAAAAAAAAAAAAAUUGAAAAUAAGUCUCUUUUUUAUUAUUUUUUUUAAGACCCUCCUAACUGUAGGUGUCUAUUUAGGCUCAUUAAGUAUAUAGCUUUGAAAAGCAUCAUGUGUUUAAUUACUACAUUUUCACUGUUUCCUAAUACCAGUUUCUGUUCUUAAUUUUAUUGUUUUACUAAGUAGAUAUACAAAUCAUUAUUUUUAAACUGUAGAUUAAAAGCACAAUGUUACCCCUUCACUGACUGCUAUUAAACAGUUCUCGGAUCCAUGUCCGUAAGAUGAGUGCUUUAAUAUUUCCAUGCGUUGUUUCUUCAUGUGAGAAUUCUAGAUCACAGCGAUUAACGUGCAAGAGCAUAAUUGUUCAUAAUCCCCAAAUUAAUUUUCAAAAUGAAAAAAAAAAACCAAUGCCAAGAAAUAAUCCUUUGCUCUCUGACUCUGCUGUAAGGGCAGAGCUGGCCCUCUGCUUUUUGGCUAUGUUGGAAUGUGCAUCCCAGGGUGAGAGCACGUAGGCUCAGUUAAACCUUGCAGACUUGGACUGGUGUGCGCAAGGGGAAAGGGAGUUAAUGACUGUCGGGAUAACCGAGGAGUUCUCUGCAGAGUGGUCGUUUUCCAGACUUGAAGUCCUAGCAGAACUGUACAACUGACGUUGGCCUUUUGUUUUCUGUCUGUACCUACGUGGGUGUAUUUAACCUGCUUAUUCUAAUACACAAGGGACGAGUGGCUGUGGUGGAUUGCUAGGAACGCAGAAUGGCGAUGUCCAUUGAAGACUGCAUUUCUCAGCCUAGCUGCAAAUGGUGCCUUGCUGCUUGCGCUGGAAAGUUAAA